AAGCCUGGGUCGCGAUACCGUUCGCGAUUCCCGUAAUUGUCGCGUCAAUUAUCGUCAGAAUUUCGUAUUGUUUAAGGAACAAUUAAUUUGUUAUCAUUAAACGAAUCGAUCAGAUCGUAUUUACAUUCCCCCGUCGCACUUUAUCAUUUGUUUGUACAAAAAAAUAGUACUUUUUUGUAGAUACUAAAAUUCACAGAUUUACUAAAUGUAUCAGACUUAACCUCCAAACGCGAGAACACUUUUUCAGGUUAGGUGACGAUACGGUUUUUGUAUACCAUUGCGUUUUUCAGUUGUAAAAAUACGUACGAAAAGAUGCCCGCACCGAAUUCCAUCAGCGUAGCUGUUAUCUGUUCUAGUAAUAUGAACAGAAGCAUGGAAGCGCACGCUUUCCUGAGCAAAAAGGGAUUCAAUGUGAAAUCAUUUGGGACUGGCGACAAAGUGAAGCUACCUGGAAACGCGCCGGAUCGCCCUAAUAUUUAUGACUUUGGAACAUCAUACGACGAGAUCUACAAUGAUCUGUUAUCAAAAGACAAACAAUAUUAUACACAGAAUGGUUUAUUGCAUAUGUUGGACCGAAACCGUCGGAUAAAGCCUAGGCCAGAAAGAUUUCAAUUGUCCAAGGAUAAGUUUGAUAUUCUGAUCACUUGUGAGGAGCGUGUAUAUGAUCAAGUGAUCGAAUGUAUGGAAUCUAGAACUCAAGAGGAUAACCAGCCUGUGCAUUUAAUCAAUAUUGAUAUUCAAGAUAAUCAUGAAGAGGCCACCGUAGGAUCCUUUCUUAUAUGCGAACUAGUCACAGUGCUAGCGAAUAGCGAGGACUUAGACAAUGACAUAGAUGAAUUACUUCACGAAUUCGAAUCGAAAUUCUCGAGAACGAUAUUGCACACCGUGCUGUUUUACUGAAGAUCUGUUACCCGUGAGAAUAGCCAUCUGGCAGAUGGUGUUCGUCAAAC